ACAUGCUUGCUCACUCCUGAAGUGUCAAGAGUGUCUACAGCGGGUCUCUGGAAAAAGGAGAGUGAGCGCUGCAGUCUGUUCAGCCUCUGGGAAAUGGAUGUAAACUGAGGCGCUGUAAACACUUUCAGCUGUUUGGAUACAUUUCUUUUCUUGAAGACCGACCAAAUCAUGGAUUCUGACUCUGAUUCUCCUUUCAACUAUUCCUGGCCCUCUUUUCCAAAGAUGAGGAUGCGCAGGAAGACGGGUAAAAAAGAGAAAAGCCAGUCCAUAAGGGAGAGUCAGGCCUCUUCACCAACUCUGGCUGCAGCUGCCAGACUGUCAGCGAUGAUACAUGGCAAAGACCGAGUGUACGCCAACACCAUGCUGGUGGACCAGGUGGAUGACGCUGACAUUAAAUACCGCUCUCCAGGGGAGGAGGAGGUAAGCCCCGUGGCCCACAUUGGCAGCCCAUGCUGGGAAUCCUUCUCCCUGACUCCCCCUGAUUCAAAGAACUGCUCGCAGAACUGGCACCCAUCCUCACCCCAUAAUGGCGAAAGAGGACUUCAGGGCCCCGGCCGGGAGAAUCACAGAGAGCGUGUUUCUCCCCCCUCUCCUUUUGCUUCCUCCCCGUCUUUUCCUUCCUCCCCGCUGGCUUCCCCGUUCCGAUUGUUCGAGGGAACACAGAGGCGUCAGGCGCAGCAGUGCCUGCCAGUUUCUCCUGCUUUAAAUCGUAGAGGAUGCAGCUUGACAGAGUCGAGUCGGGGCCUGAGUCCAAGUCUUGAGUGUGACAGUGGAGAAGAGGACAUACUGGGACAUUCGUACCCUUGCUCAUCUUUAAAGCAGCAGUCCUUCCUGCGAUCCAGCUCAGGAGAGGAGAGGGACUCUUUUGACACGUCGCCAGACUUCAACCGAACACACUCAGACAGCACGCACCAAUCCACCAAGAACCCAGAGGAAGCCGAGGUUCGUAUGCGCUCUUACUCCUACUCCUCCCCCAAGGCAAAGCCGUCACGGCCGCUGCUAAACCGAGACGCAGCCAUCACUGACCUGGCAGAAGAGCAGAGAGCCUUCAGCCUGUCAGAGACUCCCAGAGAAAAGAGGGUUUUGGGUUUCUGUAAGCGGGCCCAGUCAGCAGAAGAGGAGAGCAGCGCAUCACUCCAACAUCUCACCCUCACAGAGUUCCUCAAAGAGAUCGAGGAUGAGGAGUGGGACAAAUACAUAAUCCCGUCUAAGGUUGAGUCAGAGAAGUACAAAGUCAGCCGGACCUUCAGCUUCCUCAAGAACAGGAUGUCCAGCACUCGCAACAAGACCAAGGUGAAGGGGAAAGAGGUGAAGGAGGGAAAGGAGAAGUCCGGAGCCGCUAAUGGGCACCAGUUUGUUCCUGUGUCUCCAUCUGGUCCCGCUCUCUGUGUGGCCUGUGAUAAGACUGUUUCUGGGAAGGAGCUGUUGCAGUGCUCCAACUGUUUCCUGAAUGUCCAUAAAAACUGCAGAGAGUCUGUCGCAGCCUGUGGAAAGAAGCCGCAGGAGAGGAAUGCAGUGCUGAUGAAAAGCAAGACCCUGUCUCUCCCACAGAACUCUGUGAAAGACAACUCUCCAGCCUCCAUUUUCUCCUCCUCCUCUUCACUUCCGACGAUGACCAGAGAGAAGAGAGAAACAGUCGCCCCUCUCUCCAAAAGCCUCUCUAUCUCUAUAGACAGCAGACGGCUGAGUGAUGCAGCAGGGGCGGACAGUGAGUGCAGUGUGACAGCUUGCACCAACAGCUCAUUGUCUGAUGAGGGAACACCUGUCACAGAGACUCCUCCGUCAACCGAGCCGCCGAUCACCACACAGGAUGCUGUUGAUGCUUCUCUACUGAGCGACCUGUCAGCUGACCUGCUGGGACUUGAGGUGGAGUCAUGGAGUCUGGCAGUUAGUCCGGAGUUUUGCAGGCAACACGACAAGCGCACAAUUAAACGUCAGGAUGUUAUUUAUGAGCUGAUGCAGACAGAGCUGCACCACAUCCAAACCCUGACGGUCAUGUCGGAGGUGUUCAGGAGAGGCAUGCUGGAGGAGCUGCAGCUGGACUGGGACUGUGUGGCCCGGAUCUUCCCCUGUUUGGACUCCCUGCUGCUCUUUCACAGAAACCUCUUUGGGGCGCUGCAGGAAUGCCGGCAGGCCGCAACCCAACCUGAGAACCCCCGAAAUUACUUCAUCCGUCAGAUUGGAGAUGUACUGCUUCAGCAGUUCUCAGAUGAAAAUGCUGAGAAGAUGAAGCAGGUGUACGGAGAGUUCUGCAGCCAUCACACAGAGGCCGUCAAUGUCUUCAAAGAGCUACAGCAACAAAACAAAAAACUCCAAAACUUUGUCAAACAACAGAGCAAUAACUCUCUGGUCAGACGGAGAGAGGUACCAGAAUUCAUCCUGCUGGUCACUCAGCGGAUCACCAAGUACCCAGUGCUAUUGGAGAGGAUAUUACUGUACACUCAGGAAGGAAGUCAGGAACACUCUGCACUAUCAAGUGCCCUGGCACAGAUCCGUGACAUCAUUGCUGCAGUGGACCUUACUGUGAAUAAGUAUGAGAAGUGUCAGGAGCUGCAGGAAGUGCUGGCACGGCUGGAGAACAAGAGUUUUGCCAAGCUAAAGAACGGCAAGGUGUUUCGCAAACAGGACCUGCAUAGCAAACACAGGGAUCUGCAGCAUAAAGGGCUGGUCUACUGGAAGACUGCCACUGGACGUCUAAAAGAUACGCUGGCUCUCCUGCUCACAGACGUCCUGGUUUUCCUACAAGAGAAAGAUCAACGCUUUAUAUUUGCUGCUGUGGACCAGAAGCCUCCUGUGAUCCCUCUGCAGAAACUCAUUGUUAGAGAAGUAGCCAACGAGGAGAGAGGGAUGUUCCUUAUCUCGGCCUCCUCAGUGGGACCAGAGAUGUAUGAAGUUCACACAACCACCAGAGACGAGAGGAAUGCAUGGAUGAGACACAUACGACAAGCUGUAGAAAGUUGUCCUGAGGAAGAGGAGGAGGAGGAGCGAAAUGCUGAGACAGAGGAGGCCAGGCGAGCAGCAGAAGUGAGAGUUCAGAAGAUCACCAAGUUCCAAGAGACACUGUUGGGUCAGGAUCAGCAAAUCUGCAACAGCCUGGAGGACAAGCUGCAGCUUUACGCCGAGCUUACAGAGUUAACCCUCCGCUCACCAGACUCUGUAUCACAUCGCCAUCUGCUGGUACAACCAGACACUGACAAUGAGACACCAAGACAGGCUUCCUCACUGCUCACUGCUGCACUCAGAGAAGCAGAGAACCUGAUCGCACUUCUGCAGGCUCGUGAUGGCCUUUCUACACAAAGUCAGAGCUCUCCUGUCCGAGGACCAGAGGGCUGCAGCUACAACAGUCACGGCAGCAGCAUCCAGGAGUCUCCCUCUGAACCAGAUUAUCUGAGCACGCUCAGUAUGAGCUCCACUUCUCUUGGAUCAGACAGCGAGCUAACAGGGCUGGAUAGCUUGUUGUGGAGUUCUGCUAUUGAGCUGAGAAGAGGAGACAACAAAGGGACACUGUUAAAGGUGGCAGAGAGCGUCCAGAGUCUGACUCAGCUUCUCUAUAGUCUGCAGGCUGCCGUAACCCUCCAAGACAGCUGCCAUGAAGUCCAGAAACUCCUUCUCCAGGAGGGAGAAAGACCUCAGCUCCGAACACUCACUUCCCUCCAGAGCAGUCAGGAGCAGGAGAAGCAGAGGAGUAUGGAUAAGAAGAAAGAGGAAGUAGAAAAGAAGGGCUUAGAGAGGAAGAAAGAAGAGGUGGAUGAGGUGCAGAAACUCCAUAUGAAGCUGAAACAGGAGCAACAGCGCUGGGACAAAGAGUGUCUGGCCAGAGAGAAACAACAGAGUGAGCAGGAGAGUGUGCUGGAGCAGCGAGAGCAGCAGUGCCUCCUGGAGGCCGAGCGUCUGCGCUGCGAGCGCGAGGAGCUGGAGGCCCAGCUGCUGGAGUUUCAGCAAAAUCUAGACCGACUGAGAGAGGGCCAGAGGAGUGUGGAGAGGGAGAAGGAGAAGAUUGAAGCCCAGCAGAGGCUACUGCAGAGCUGGAGACACAACCGCCAGAGCAGCCUACCUGUAACGAUACCAUUGGAUGGAUACAAGGUGUCCAGCCACAGCCACAGCCGCUCAGGUAGCCUGGAUGGUAACUGCUCAGUAUACGAGAACGAAGCAGCUUUACUAGCCUCCCUCCAGCAGAACCACCUCCAACAGCCCGCCAACAACAACCAGCACCAGCGUCUGCUGUCUGCUCCGAGGAAGAACCAUGAUGGCCCUUUGCACAGCUCUGACUACACCGCCAACCUUGGCCUCAGUGCUAGUCUCUACAACAGCCUCAACACCCUGCUGAGCCAGGCACACAACAAACAGACUCCAGACGGUCUGACGUACCCGAAUUACACUAACAACCACGGCUGCCUCCGGCCUCUGGACGACUCCCUCCACCCCUUCAGCAGCAGGGUCACUGCACAGCCACUAAGGACCAACAACACAGACUUUACCCCGCCGUUGGACAGGCGAUCCCUGGGUCCCUGGAGGUCAGAGGUCACAGGUCACGGACUUUAUGAGGACGACUACUCCUCUUCUCCCUCUCUUACUCCCCUCCUCCCACCGCAGGCAUACCUCUCACUUGAAGGACAGAAGGGGGAGGAGGCAGGCGAGGAAAACAUUGUUUAUCUCUGAGAAUGAUGAGAGAGAAAUGAGCAAUGCAAGCUGUCUAACAUAUAACUGGAUCGACAAUAAUAUAUAUCUGUUGAUGUGUUUGUGUAUGUAUUUAAGGUCAUUUUUAAAAAACCUGAAUAUUCAAAUAAGGGAAUAGCUGCAGGGAGGAAGUAUACACAGAUACAGUAUUUGUGCCUUUAUCAGUGUAUGUGCUAACCAUUAAUCAUUCUCCUCCUGUGUGAUGAAACCAUUGUGCCUUUUAGCCAACAAAUUCUUUGUAAAUCAGCUUUUAUACUCCCCAUGUUUUUACUUCUACUAUGAUUGUUUUUAGUACCCGUUGCACUUGUUUGAUGGCAGAGUUACCUUUGCGCCCCAAACUCUGAGACCUAAAGUAGCAGGAAAUCAGGACAGAAGUUUUUCUUUUAUUUUCCCAUGAGCACUUACAAGAAAAUGGAAAUAUUGGAGAUGCCAGUUAAACCCUUCCCUAAGUGCUAUAAUUUCUCCAUGUAAUCUUAAAUAAUAUUUAUAAGGGAUUGUGAGUAUCUAAAAGACUUAGAAAUAUACUGAUAUUAUUGUAUAAAUAUUAAAUAUAUGUAUAGUUUUAUGGAAAGGCUACCUAUGCACACUAUGUUGGAAGAGGAACUUAUAUUCCUAUUAUUAUGUUUCUCACUUAAGUGCCAAAAAUCUUGCUAUCUGAUACUGUAAGUGAUUUAUGUAAAGAAUGGUUGUAUGUUUUCUGUUCACCUCCUUUUUCGGAUAAUUUAUUGUGUAUAAAUUGCUUUGUGCUGUAAACAUGAAUAAUAUUUUGUUUGAUAUGUGUUCUUAUGUAAUCUCUGUAAUCAACUGUGAUGUGCCAUAUUAAUAUUGUGCUGUAUAUAAAAUUAUU